AUGUUCACUCCUCUACCAUUCUUGCCCCUUAUUGCACUACUUAUUCUGUGUGCCUACUCUUUGGCUACUUGCAGACUGCAGCUGCAAGUAGUCAAAGGCAGUGCUACAGUGAUUUUCAAGUGCACAAUACUACAAACGUGCCUUAAGUUGGCAUACUAUCAUUUGAUAGCACUCCUUAAGGCUAUCCAUGUCCCCAGGGACUGGUGCCUUCAAGUUUGGGAACUGGGGGUGACUUUUAGGCUAUCCAUGUCCCCAGGGACUGGUGCCUUCAAACUUGGGACCUCAUUCUAUAACCUUCUCUGUUUGACUGCACUGGCCUUGUUUCUUCAGUUUAAUCUGUGCAGAGGAGGGAUCAGCAGUGAGGUGGAUCUCAUUGUUGUGAAGUCAUGGGCACCUGCAGUAAGAAAGGACUUCUUCAAGAGAGAGUUGAUGGGGAGGACCAGCGCUCUUCAGAUCCAGGCCCUGAAUGUGGAAAUGGAGAGGCAGGGAGCACUGGACUCUGGUAUAUAG